AAUUAUAUCACAUUUAUAAGUUCUAUAACGCUAUUACGUAGUGUUACGUUGCAGUAACGCGAUUGUUAUUAUGUAAUCUUAGAAAUAUUUGCACUCUUGAACAGAUAUCUGAUAUAAGGUAAUUUAGUAUAUUUACCCUUGUCAUCUUAUUUAUUUUGAAGAUUCAAAACUAAAUUUAGACUAGUUUGUGCCAAUAGAAUAGACACAAGUGAUACUUCUCUGCAAAUUUAACGUUAACAUAGAUUUAAAAUCUGUAGAAAUAUUAAGUUCCACACAAAUCGUUCAUUGACUCUCCUGUCAGGGCUGCAUUUUUAAUGAGACAAACAAGCAAUUGAACAACUUUUUAUAAUAACUCGAAACGCUUCUCGAAAUAUGUCUGCACACUAUCACUUGCGAAUUAGCCCAUAGAGUAAGUAAGACUCUACAGUAUGCGUUUUAAUUUAUAAUUUUUUUGUUAUUACCAUUUUACUCUAUUAUUUUGACAGACAGUUGCACAAACGUCCAUUAAGGUUUAAUGACGCCUUUAAGCUCUAAUGAAUGUCAAAUUUGUAUGGGUAAUGGCGCUUUAAACUGAUGUAAAUUUAAAUGGACUUUUGUGCAACUCGCCCUGAAUGAAGAAAAAUAACCAUAGAGUAAAAUCUACUUUAAUAAAAAGUAGAUGAGAAAAAUAAAUAUGAAAUUGUCACACAUGUCAAGAAAAGCCAUCAAAAUCUUGUAUUAAGUUCCAUUAAAUGGAUACAUUUCUACACAUAUAAUCUAAGUAAACAGGAAUUUGAUUCACAUAUAUAAAUUUCGUUUCACGUAUCAUGAUAACGUAAUAUUACCAAUAAAAGACAAAAUGGAAAAUGAAGACAACAAUUUAUAUAUCGAAGGAGCAUGCAAGACCGUUCAGCAUCAAAUAAACAAACUGACUGAAAAUCAAGCUAAUAUGUUGACGAAAUUCGAUAUGCUGUCCAAAAUUGUAGAUGAACUCAGAAAGGCUUUGUCUCAAGUAUCGGAGAAAAUAGAAUCUCUAGAAGAAGUGAAUAAGGAGAGAAGAAAACUAAAAGCGGAGAUGAAAUUAUUGAAGAGUAGGAUAGACGAUAUUUAUGGAAUAGUAAAAGAAGGGAAAGAAGAUUCUUGUCCUAGUGAAGACGUUCACGAUGUUGAGUCUUGCCAUUCAGAAUUUUCUUGUUCCUCGAAGGUAACCAUGACAACCGGUUUGGACCGCGACACGAUACGAGCCGCGUACGAGGACGUCCGGUCCGACACAUCACCGACAGAAUGGGCCGUAUUCAAAUUUGAGGGAGCCAGGAUAGUGUGUUCAGCGCACGGCAGUGACUUUACAGAGUUCCGCACCCAAUUCUCAGACGAUGACCGUGCGUUUGGUUACUUAAGGUUGCAGAUGGGUGACGAGAUGUCGAAACGCAAGAAAUUCCUGUUUGUCACGUGGGUUGGACCAAAUGUGUCAGUCAUAAAUAGAGCCAAGAUGUCCACCGAUAAAGCUAUCAUCAAAGACAUUAUAUCUAAUUUUGCGGUAGAGCUACAACUGGAGAGUCAAGCCGAAAUAGACAUUGAUCAAUUCAAAGAUGCAUUGAAUAAAGCAGGUGGAGCCAACUACGGAACAGGAGUGAGAGAUUUAUGAAUUGCACGAUAAAUAAAUAGCCUCUCUUGCCAUUAAAUUUUUCUUACAAAUAAACAUAUUUUUUUAAAACAAAAAGAAACAAGUCUGGCAAGUUUUGUAUCCAUGGAAAAGGACUGACUUAUCUUUUUAUACGGUAGUAAUGUGCUUUUGAUUAAAUAAUGAAUAGUUUUUUUAAUUACAAUUUCAGUAUAACGUCUUUCAAAGAAUGUAAUCUAUUUAUUUCCAAUAUUAUUGCGAUUGAAGUCAUUAUAUUUAUUAUUAUUUAAAUUUUAUGGAAUUAAGUGAAAUUAUCGUUUAAAAAGGUAUCGUGCAAUUAAAAGUAUGUUUCUGUAUGCUUAAAUUAAAUUAUUAAUUUAGUAAGAUUUUUACCAAAAAUAUUAGUAAAUGUUGCCAUGUAGACGGCGCUGAUGAUGUGCAUUUAUUUUUGUCAACUUGAAAAUUUUUACAGUUUACAAUAUUUUGGAUUUUAUUGGCUUAUACAUUAGUGUUAUUACCCUGCAUUAUUAUUGGUAAAACGAACAGAAAUAAAUACAAUUUAACCAAUUAAAUUUUUUUCUUUUAACCUGCUG